CGUUCUCUCUGUCACAAGCUGCUUCAGAACAGACGGCAGGAAAGCAUAGAGGAAACAAGUUAGGAGUCUGGAUUUCUUAUGAUCUCAAAGAGACGUGUGCCUCACGUGGCGAGUGAGGCCUCAUGGUCAGAGCAUGCCAUGUGCUAGGGCGUUGAGGCAGUGGGAGAUCAGACCCACGUCUGCUCUGCGGGGGAUCAGGCGCUCCAGGGCCCUCAUGUGGCUCCGGAUACAGGGACUGGUCCGGUCCCUCCGGCAUGGUGGGAGAUACCCAGUGAACUACAAUGACCCGGCAGCAGAGGAACAGGAGAUGGUUUGCCUUGAGCCCAUGGGAUCAGAGCGGAUGGAGAUGCGAAAGAGGCAGAUGUCGGUGCAGCAGGAGUCGGCAGCGGGGGAAACUGCACCAGCCGAGCAGGGCCAGCAGGGCCAGCAAGGCCAGCCGGGCCAGGCUAACCCACGGGGAUCAAAUGCAUGUUGCUUCUGCUGGUGCUGCUGCUGUAGCUGCUCCUGGAAUGAAGACCGUGAUGAAAGGAACCGAAAGACUUCUUAUGACGUCAAGGAGGGGACCGCAGACUGUGAAGACUGCCCGAUGCCCACGCUGGAGGAAGUGCGCUCGUGGGGGCAGUCCUUUGACAAGCUAAUGUGUUGCCCAGCGGGGAGGAACUCCUUCCGACAGUUUCUUCGCACCGAGUUCAGUGAGGAGAACAUGCUCUUCUGGUUAGCCUGUGAGGAGUUCAGCAAAGAUGCCAAUAAGACUCCAGUAGAGGAAAGAGCUCAGGCCAUCUAUGAUGACUACAUCUCCAUUCUUUCGCCUAAAGAGGUGAGCCUUGACUCCCGUGUGCGUGAAACGAUCAACAGGAACAUACAGGAACCCAACUUGCAAACGUUUGAAGAUGCCCAGUUGCAGAUCUACACCCUAAUGCAAAGAGACUCGUAUCCUCGCUACAUGAACUCCCCAACCUACAAAAACCUGCUCAACACUCUGUCAGAGCAGUCCCCCGAAUCUUAGGGUGGUGAUGACCUGUGAUAUUUUAACUCUCUUUACCCCCCUCAUUCCCCCCGAUCCUUAUUCCCUUUUAAAAAAUGUUCUUUGUAUGUUCAGUGUAGGAUUACAUGACCCGGGCCUCGGGCCUGGCCCCUCCCAGGGAACUCAGCGCUAUUGUGAUCUGCACCUGACCGACGACACUCAGGUCUCAAAAUCUCCCGAGGGCUUGACAUCACAAGUACUGCUACAGAUCAACAUAGCAAAACACUCCAAAGGAAUAUGAAUACAUUUUGUUUCCGUUUCUUUCUUUUGAUAGAAAUAAUCUAUUUUAUUUGUGUUCAGAGUUUUUUAUGGUCUGUUGUUUUUUUGUAUGAUUGUUUUGGGGGGAAAAUGAUUCCUACUGUAGACUAUAUAUUUAUGAGUUUGUAAAUAGUAAAAAUGGAAUUGUGGGUAUUUUAUGUAGAGACGCCUGGAUCUAUUUACUGCGUAUGAAAAUCAAAGCUCAAGUCAAAGGCUACGUGUUAGCUCUACUUGCAGGCAGCUUUGUGGGGUAUUAAUGAUUUUACCUUGGUUUUACCCUGUUUUGUUACCUAACCUCACACUUUGGUACCUGUGACAGCGACUUGGCAACUCCAGUUAGUGUAGAAAAGUGUGCGUGGUUGAAACUGCCGUAACAGAAAGGGAAGAUGGCUCUUGUCACGGUGUGCAAUUUAUGUUCUCAAGAAACUCAAAUUUAAUGAUCGAAGACUAUUUAUAAUGUAUUUACUCAAUGCAUCUCGUAUAUCUAAUAUAGUUUUAACAGAGUGACAUUAGAACCUUCUAUUUGCCAGAUAAAGUAUUUUUUAUUUAUUGAUAUUUAUUGCCAAUACAGAAAAUUGACACGUACAGAUUAUAUUGAAGUUCUCUGGUGAAGUCAAGAUGUAUUAAGCCAUUUAGAGAAAAUGCUGACAUUUGGUUUUAUUUUAUCGGUCUGUAAUUGCCUAAUGAUUUCUAGGACGUUUCGGUAAUUGGGUCCUGAUUUUGGGGUCAGUCAAGAGAUUGUUCUACAAAUUACAGACCGGUAAAAUAAUCCGUAAUUUGUGAGUGAUCUUUUUUGACAGCAGGAAGAGUUGUCUGCGCAUCAUCCUUCAAGAUUUUUUACUUUAAAAAGCUCACAUGCAAUAUGAAAUCAACUUCAGAUUGAAAUAGGUGCUGGGGUCUUGCCAGGUGAGCAGCAACACCAAAGCUACCACAUAAACUGUGUUUUACGAGAACGUUUCUGUUGGCUAAAAUUGGAGUUGCCAAGUAUUAAAUACUUUUAUGUAUUGUGUUUUAAGUUGGAUUACUUUGUUGCCUCACAAACAUGUCACUCAAAGACAAGAUCCUCACAUGGGGAAGUGCCUUGACAUUCAAUUUUAUGACAUCUUUCUCAUGGGCAACAGAUGUUUUCAGACUCUUGCCAUAAGGGAGGUUACUGGAGCAGGAGGCCAGUUUACUGGAAAUUGUCCCUCUUUGGCUAAAUUAUCGCAUGUGUUUUGUCUUGAUUUCUUAGUUAUCGGUCCAUUUCGGUAACACUGCCAAACACUUUGGUGGAUGGUGAUGAUAACACAUGUCUUUAUUUGCUAAAGAGAUCAAUGGAUAGGGCUGUUUGAUGGGAACUUCUUGCCAACCUGUGUGCUUUGAGGUGGCACUUCUUCUUGUCUUAGAGUUAAUUUUCACUUACUACGUGCAAUUUGAGCUGAUGGAUACACCGUGCAGAUCAACCUCAAAACACAAUCUAAGCCAAUGGUUUGGAGUGAUGCCUAUAAAUGUUGUUUUUUCUUCUGUUUACUAUAUGAAAUGUGUUAUUUUGCGCUGAGUUUACUGAAGAAUACAUUUCUAAAAAAAACAAAUAAUGUGAAUGUUUACAGUAUAUGGUUUAACUUUUUUUUUUCUGCUACUCUCCAAGAAAAUAAAGACUUGUGGGCAUUUUGAUUAAGAUAAA